AGGACCUGUGAAGGUGCCUUACACAUUGCUGAUUCCAAACACCUCUGAUUACAGCAGAGUUGGAGGACUUACAGGCAAAGGAAUUCCUAACAGCAUCUCAAUCUGAAUUCUGUUACAAUACUGGAAACGAUUAAGACCCUUUGAAAAUUUUUCAGCCUUUACAGGCAAAUGAUAAUUUCCUGGAAUCGAAAAGUGUGGCAUAGAACAUUUUUGUGUAGCCUAUUGUCUAGUAUCCCUGUAUAUGAAUCUUUUUAUCAGCUACAAAAUCUGAUGAGAAUGAUGAUGAUCCUUCCAUUAAACUACAUAAUCAAGUUUGUUUGGUUUUAGUUCAAUGGUGCUAAUUACGCAUGUUAACUUGUAUACAAGGAUUAGGAUUGAAACUUGAUACAGUAUGCCAAUUAAACUUACUAAUAAUGUUUUCAAUGUUAAACCAACUCCUCUUUAUUUUUACUUUCUUCAUUUUCUUUUGUUUCUCGCCAGUUUCAAAACCCGAAUUUACUACGUAACAAAUCAUGUAAAUUAUAAGGUUACAUACAAUUUGAUCUAUUAAAAAGGAAAAACAAUGUCCAGAGUCCACUUCAUUGAUUAGCAGGUUGGAUAAUGAUCCAUUUAACUUGUUUGAGAAACUUGGAUAGCAUAUAACAUCAUCAUAAUCUUUUCGGGAUAAACAGUUCAAUUACAUUAGGACAAUCUAUCAUAUACAUACUCCUUCUAUCAAAAAAGUACAUCAAACAUGAUAAUAUUUUGAGAUAGAAGAAGUAGCGAGUAAUAAGUAGUAACUAAAAACAUGGUCUUUUGAUUCUUACUAACCAGGCAUCAGGGAAUCUAUCUGUAUGUGACUAGGUGGCAAAAACAAAAUCAAGUUAAGGUCAAGCAAAGACUUGAGUAUCAAAAUCACAGCUUCUAAUUGGUCCAAACCAGACUCCUACCUUAUCCAAUAUCCACUUCUCCACCACUCAUCCAAACUAUCACUGCACCAACAAAACCAUUUUGCCAUCAUCAAAUCUCCCUAAAAAAAACUCAAAAGAAAGAGUAACACAAAAACCUCAUUUUUUCCUUCUUGGAUUCCACACCAUGGCCAUGGCAACUCAAGCAUCCCUCUUCACUCCAGCUCUCUCUUCCUCAUCUGACCGUGUUACUGUGCCAUGGAAGCAAUCAGCCCUGGUUUCAUUUGCUUCACCAAAGCAAGUUAAGUCCACCACCAUCAACAUGGGAGGAGCUCGGCCCAUCAGAGCCAUGGCAGAGGAGGCUCCGGCGGCGGCAGAGGCUGCUCCAGCUCCGGCACCGGUGGGAUUCACCCCACCAGAAUUGGACCCAAACACCCCAUCACCAAUCUUUGCAGGAAGCACAGGUGGGCUAUUGAGGAAAGCCCAAGUCGAGGAAUUCUAUGUUAUUACAUGGGAUUCUCCCAAAGAACAGAUCUUUGAGAUGCCAACUGGUGGAGCAGCAAUCAUGAGGCAAGGACCAAACUUGCUGAAACUGGCAAGGAAAGAACAGUGCUUGGCUCUUGGUACCAGGUUGAGGUCCAAGUACAAGAUCAAGUACCAGUUUUACAGGGUUUUCCCUAAUGGUGAAGUUCAAUACCUUCAUCCUAAAGAUGGUGUCUACCCAGAGAAGGUGAACCCUGGUCGUGAACCAGUUGGAUUCAACUCCAGGAGAAUUGGAAAGAAUGUUAGCCCAAUUGAGGUUAAAUUCACUGGAAAGAAUGUCUAUGAUUUGUGAAGUGCUUGUGCUUUUGAACACCUUGAUGUAAUAUUUGCCAUAAUGUGAUUACUUUUGAGUUCUGAUUUCCAUGUGUAAUUUGUACUUUCUUGUUCUGCAAACUUUAAUUUUGAAACACAUCAUAUACCCUUGAUUUACAUGUUCUAGACUUUUUUCUGUUAGUGAAAAAUGCUUUGAUCAUCUACAUAGUGGAUUAUGAUGACUAAUGUGAAUAUGGACAAUCCAUCAAUGGAAAAGCUGAAGUGAUAUUGCAUUUUGCUUGGAUCAUCAAGGAAAUGUUAUUGGUUAUUGACUUACUGUCACAACAAAAUCUAAGACUAAGAGAAUGAUUCAACUCUCAUCAUCAUUCAUCAUCAUCUUGGGAGUCUUAAAGAAAUGUUUAAUAAUGUUGAUAGGUCUAAAUAACAUAAUUUGUGAGGGAAAACUCCAUGUGAAGAUUAAAAAGGUUGUAUAAAUUGAUGCAAGAUCCCACCUUUGACAAAUCACAGAAGAAAUUAAAUUUGUUGCGUAAUAAAAGAUUAUGGUAAUGGGAGCAGAAAAACUCUACUUUUGCCGUUUUGACACUAAUCAAAAGAUGAGACUUGAGUGAUUUUAUUGCUGGUUGGAACUGGUUCCUGGCAAACACAUACAUGAUGCAACCAGCAAACCAUUGAAAUGCACGAGAAAUAUUGCUGCUUACUCCAUCCGUCCUGAAAAAUAGUCCACUUUGUUAUGUUAUCUUACUCAAUGAAGUUGAUUAUUUCUCAGAAAUGGAAUGAAGAGAUAGAAGCAAAGAUGAUAUAAGCCACUAAGCCAGAAUGAAUUUUCUAGGAUGAUUAGAUUCCCAUGUUCUGUGAUGAGCAAAAGAAAAUGGAGCAUCAAGUCAUCAACCAUUUACACUAAAACUUAAUUGGCUCGUUUUUCAGAAAUGAAAUGCAUUGCAUUUCUUUCUCAUCCUAGAGAGGAAUUCCACACCAAUAAGAUGGUUUUCUUCACUGAUCCUGAACCAAUACAUGGAACUAAAUUCAAUUAAAGAUCAACAAAAAGAUCUCCAUACCAUGGGCCUCUAACAUGCUCCUGGUGAUGAAUAAUAAUAUCUUAAUAGUAAACUAUCAUCUAGGAAGAAAAUAAUAUUUUGAGAAGAAGAUAAGAUAGACAUAAAUAGAAAAUAAUGAGGAAGAGGUCAGAUAAUAAUAACAAGGAGAGACAUACUUCUAUGAGAAAAGAAAAUUCAGGUAACAUAAUAGUACUACUCCUAUUACUCUAUUCAUCCCCUUUAGACCUUAUCAUCCCCAACUCGUAAAACUUCAUUUCUUUUUUCAGACAAGAGAAUAACGAUAAGGUUUUUUAUUUUUUUAUUUUUUAUUUUUUUUUAAAUAGUAUGACAUGCUAAAAACUCCACAAAUCCCUAACAACCAACAAAGGUCG